UCUUGCGUGGGGGAGAGGAACCAUGAACAUUCUUUUUCCUUUCUCGUUCCCUACUGCGUUUCUCCUGUUUGCUGGAGUUUUUCCAGAUUCCUGCGAGGGAAUUAUUGGAGGAAAUGCAGUACAGCCUCAUACCAGACCCUACAUGGCUCUCAUCAAAGGGCUGAAAAUCUGUGCAGGGACUUUGAUCGAUGAGCACUGGGUGCUGACAGCUGCCCACUGUGACAUGAAGGGAGAACCCCAAGUUAUUCUUGGGUCCCACUCUACAACCCAUAAAGAGAAAUAUGACCAAGUAUUUUCCAUUAAAAAGGCCAUCCCCUUUCCAUGUUAUGAUCCACAGUCAUUUCAAGGGGAUAUUCAACUCCUUCAGCUGUCAGGUAAAGCGAAAUUGAACAAGGCUAUACAAAUACUUCGGCUACCAAAAAAAGGAGAUGAUGUCAAAUCCUACACCAAGUGUCAUGUAGCAGGAUGGGGAAGCACCAAGAGCAAAUCAUGCGGAUUUUCAAAUACCUUGAGAGAAGUCAAUCUCACUGUAAUAGACCGGGGAACAUGCAAUAAUGAACAGCACUACAAUUUUAAGCCAGUUAUUGACAACAGCAUGAUCUGUGCUGGUGGAAAAAAUGGUGAAGAUGAUUCAUGUGAGGGAGAUUCUGGAAGUCCUCUGAUAUGUAACAACAUUUUCAAAGGUGUCACUUCCUUUGGGGAGUGUGGAAACCGCAGGAAGCCUGGCAUCUACACUCUCCUUACAAAAAGAUACCUCAAGUGGAUCAAGGAAACCAUUGCAGGAGUCGUGUGAUACCACUUCAAAGCAGCAAACUGAGGUAACCACCUGAAAUGUCAAGCAAGGGAGGUUUUAAUUUGACCUAUCAGAAGAAGCCCCUCAGUCUAACCUUGUGUAUAAGACAGCCUUUCUGAAACAAAAUCAGCAAAGAAAGAAACAACUUCCUGCUAAGACUACAUCCUGCGCAUUCUGUCUGCCUGCAAGAGAUGUCCCUUGAGAAAAAGUUCUGCUGUUCAGGAACUCUUGGCUUUAUUCAGAAUUUGUGCACUGACAAUUUUGAGUUUGCCCUUAAAAAGAAGUCAAUCCCAGGAAAAUUUAGAAUAUCCUCUGCUCUUCAAAAGGAAGCUCAAAUUAUCUAUAAGCCUUGAAACUUAGAGCCUGAUAUUCCAUUCAAUGUGGGAGUAAGGAGAGAUAUGGGGGCAGGGGAGGGAGCAGGAGUUCACUUCUUACUAUGUACUGCUAUUUUUAUGUUUUGUAAAAAUAUUUGAUUGUAAGACAAGAAAGAAGAUUCAGUGUGUGUUUAAGAAAUUUGGAGAGUUUAGAAUUUAAGAUUAGGGAUAGCUCAGAGAGAAAUUGUUAAUGAUGCAAGUUAUGUAUUCCAAUCAGAGCUGUGUUUUGGUGUUUGUUGCCGUAAUGUUCUUGCUAAAAUCUGCACUUCCUGUCUCUUCUAACUGAAGCUGAAGGAAGUAUCAAGUAAAAGCAUCGCUUUUUUAUCUAACAAAAACAUCUGUCUAGUAGAUUGAGGUUUCAUGUACCAAUAGCCCUCAUUCCAGGCAGUAUCUUGGUAUGUAUUUUGCCUUCCCUAAUCAAAAGAUACAUGUCAGAUACAAAGUUUAAUUCUUUGUUAUU